GGGAGGAUACGGCGCAUGCGCGCCGGGUCUGCUGCGGGUGUGGUCGGUGCUUGGAGCCGAGCUGCAGCGAGAGUCCUGGGAAGGCACCUUGGAAGGAGGAGUCGUCGGUGUGCGGGAGCCCGGUCCCGGCUGCAGUGCGGUGGCGGGGGAGGGAGUGCUGGAAUGUGAUCGGAGCCCGGACGGGGCAUGGGCGGCCGCAGGGCUAUUUCUGACGCCUUACCUCAGCCCUCCGCCCGGCCUGUGACAACUGCUCAGGCUUCACCAGGGGAGGAGGGGGCUCCGCUAUGAACCGGCCGACCCAUGACUGGCAAAGCCACCCACAGCAAAGUGCUCUACUCGUGGAAAGGGGUGCUCUUCACCUGCCUGUCCGGGAGUGACCCGCGGAAACGCAAAGGAAUUGACCUUGGUUUAGUCUGACGUAAGGAAUGCCUUCCCAGAGCCGAGCUUCGUGUGACUGAUCUCCUGUCGGAGGAGCAAGGAGACGCGGCUGACAGCGACCAGCACGGAACAGAGCCGCAAACACAUUGCACCCCACCUGCACGUGCAGCACCAGCCAUGUGCACCCUAUGCCCAGAGGCAAAUUCCCGGCAGAGGUCACCCACCGUUAUUCUGAGAACGGGGACGAUUUUUCCUGUGUUGUGCAGAUUUGCUGAAUCUUACUCAGAAAUGAGCCGUCAGACUGCCGCAGCCAUCCCGACUGGUACUUCAAAGUGUCCACCAUCCCAGCGGGUGCCAGCCCUGACCGGAACAACGGCUUCAAACAAUGACUUGGCGAGUCUCUUCGAAUGCCCCGUAUGCUUUGACUAUGUUCUGCCACCUAUUCUUCAAUGUCAGAGCGGACACCUCGUGUGCAGCAACUGUCGGCCCAAGCUCACAUGUUGCCCAACCUGCAGAGGGCCCUUGGGCUCCAUCCGCAACCUGGCAAUGGAAAAAGUUGCCAACUCUGUCCUCUUCCCCUGCAAAUACGCCUCGUCAGGUUGCGAGGUAACCUUGCCGCACACGGAGAAAGCCGACCACGAAGAGCUGUGCGAAUUUCGACCGUACUCGUGCCCCUGCCCCGGCGCGUCCUGCAAAUGGCAGGGUUCCUUGGAUGCCGUCAUGCCACAUCUUAUGCAUCAGCAUAAAUCCAUCACGACGUUACAAGGAGAGGAUAUUGUGUUUCUUGCCACAGACAUUAACCUUCCCGGGGCUGUGGACUGGGUCAUGAUGCAGUCCUGUUUUGGCUUUCACUUCAUGCUGGUUUUGGAGAAACAGGAAAAAUACGAUGGUCACCAACAGUUCUUUGCUAUUGUACAGCUAAUAGGCACGCGGAAGCAAGCCGAGAACUUUGCUUACCGCCUGGAGUUGAACGGUCACCGGCGACGAUUGACUUGGGAAGCCACUCCUCGCUCUAUUCACGAGGGCAUUGCGACCGCCAUCAUGAACAGCGACUGCCUCGUGUUUGACACAAGCAUUGCGCAGCUCUUUGCGGAAAAUGGCAAUUUAGGAAUAAAUGUGACAAUCUCCAUGUGUUAAAAAAAAAAAAAAAAACGGCAAUCACAAACUUCCAGGGCCAGUGUUUCAUGUCCUCGCUUUAUAUUUCACUUUCUACAGUUGCAAUUGACUUUCACUGCCGGCCACAGACUGUGCAAAAAAAAAUUAAAAAAAGUGAAAAAAAAUGAAAAAAUGUGGGCCCGGCCAGUGAACUCCACAAACAGGAAGCAGAUGCAUGUAAAGAGAAAAAAAAAAAACACUAAUAUUUAAAAAUCAACCACUGAAAAGACCCCCUACACCCUGUACUCGGGCAUCUUUUAUUUUUUGUUUUGUUUUUUUAUUUUUUUUAUUUAAAGGAAAAAAAAACUAAAAAAGAAAAUUAAGAUUAACCCCAACUGAAUUUGUGUUUGUAGUUUGUACAGUAAAAUACCGUCUGUGUUUCCCCCUUUUUCUUUGACGAACAAGCCAUUACACGCGGCCUCCUCUCCGGGGCGCCGUCUUCCUCAUUUGUAAGUCACUAUAUAGAAUUGCUGCUGUUUGUGUAUAUUUUCUGUGUAUUGCUAAUUUUUAAUAACUUCUAGUUUUUCAUUCAAUAAAUUUGACUUUUCUUUUCUGUAAUUAAGUAUAUAAAUAUAUAUUAUAUAUUUUUUUUGUACACAUACGUUUGCUAUGUAUAAUUUCUUGAUUUAUUCCCCAUCUCCAUAAUUUUUUUUUUUUUUUAAAUAUUUUUAUUUAUUUUUUUUGCUCCCAAAUCUGGAAUGAGGAACGUUGAUAUUUUCAGUGAUUGUUCGACCUGGCGGGAUUGUUUUUGACUUGGUUGUGUUGGUCAGACAUUUACAUUUUGUCUCUUUUGCCGAAACCCUAUAAGAAGGUCCUUCUCUAAAAUGCCGAAAAGUAUGACUACUGGUUGCAUGUAAUGGCGCCUACACAUAGGGGGAGCCAGCCAUUUUAUAAAGGGGUUGGCCAGGAUUAGAAAAAUGAUGGCAAGUUUUUAUUUUAUUUUUUACCAAAAACAGCAUCGCCCCUAUCCAUGGGUUGUCUGGUAUUGCAACUCAGCUGUAGUACCAUAGACUGGUGGCGCAGUUAUUAUUAUUUUUUUCUUAAAUAAAGCAGCCAUGUUUUUCUAACUCCAGACAACGCCUUUAAGGAUUUUGCCUGUUAGGAAAUGGUUAUGGGUCCAAAGAGAAUCCAUAAACGGCGUCAUUGAAAGUAGCGGCUCUGACCGUACAAUGGCGGCAUCUGGUGUGGAGGUGGCAGUGUUACCAAACAGAUAUGAGAAUGGAAACUGUGUGUUUUUUUUUUUUGUUUGGUAAAGGCUGAAUUAUCCUGAGUGUUGCAGCUACCUUAUGAGAUUUAGAUACGGCUUUAUGCUUCAAUCAGACGGACGUAAUUUGGGCGCUUCUUAGCGGCCGUAUUGUGCCCUUUUCAGACGAGGAAUAUGAAACCCGUCCGAGUUCUGUCUGUGAAAAUUCUGACGCUUUUUCUGUAACUACAUUGUGAGGCAUCAGCAUCUCGUCCAUGAAAGAUACUGAAUGCACGCCCGGUCUAGACAA